UGGAGUAACACCAGGCUAAAGAGGGGUGCUGAGACACACGACAGUCGGGAUAAGCGUCAACUUUUUUGUUUAGGUUUCCAGACUCGGAUGAACUCCUCCUGACACAUUUGAAAGACUAGUCAGCGUCAAACAAACUUCUGCAUGAGUAAAGGAGCAAAACGUCGUUCAGGGAAACUACAUUGCUACAAACUCAGCGCACUAACCGACAAACCGAAGCUGCGCACGACGCCAACAUUGUAACUGUUAAAGAAGUUUAAUUAAUGACUUAAGUUAAUGAAUGCCUGGGGAGGAAUUUAUUCGCGUAUUUUGCAGUGAAACUACCACAUAGUUAGGUUCAGUCAUGUCAGCAUCACCUGUGCACUCAGCUCGGGUCAGGCGCAGCAGUGACGGGUCCCCCAUCAACGCCUCCUCUUCCUCCUCCUCUUUAGCAUCAUCGUCCUCAUCCUCCGCCGGCAACACGAGCCGGUUGCAGCCCAUUCGCGCCACGGUGCCCUACCAGCUCCUGCGUGGAAAUCAGCAGCACAGCCUGACCCGCCCUCCCGCGUCCUCCUCCUCCUCCUCCUCCUCCAUCUCCAUCUCAGUCGGAAGCAACACCGAACCGACAGCAUCAGCCCAGCACCGCAGCUCCAGUCCCGGCAGCCCGGCAGGAAGCGGUUCGCUGAUCCCGCGGCAGAGGCGCUCUCCUCCGGAGCACAGGGGCUCACCGGAGCGCUGCCCUCAUUCAACUGUCCUUAGAGCCAUACAUUUCACUUUGGCGGAGACCCCUGACAGCAUAGAAGCCAUGAAGGCCUUCAAGUGCUUGAACCCCGUUGAGAGGUCAAAGUCGCAACAGGUGCGGAGCACAGGUGCUAUCAGACGGACUUCCUCUCUGGGUGCUAUCACCGGGCCCUACCUGAUAGGGCAGUGGCCACGUGAAUCCCACCUGCACAGCCCCUCGUGCAUGAAAGACAAGUCCACACAGGUGUUGGCCUUCGCUGUGAAAAUAAGAAAUUCAAAAGGUCCAGUGAUCUACUGA